AUGAGAGGAUAUUCUCGCAGUAGUGAGAUUGCGUCAAUCAUUACUGGAGUCCUCAGUGUUGCCCAGACACUCAAACACUUCUCACUGAUUUGUCUCUCCAUCAUUCGUCUAUCUACAAGUGCAAGUACAACUCCCGGUAGAUGUCUCUCUCCACAGCCACCUCCACCGCAUCACGGCAUCACCACAUGGACCAAGCCCAAGUCUCAGUACCCCAUCUCAACCUACGCAUCGUGCCCCGUCUCCGUGCCGGCAUGGCAGUGUCUGCCUGUCUGCACGCACAUGUCUUCCCAGCAGGGCCAUAAGCUCAAGUUUGACCUUUCGUAUGACUUCCAAUGGCUGUACGUAUCCAAUCUCCUACAUGCACUACUAUGUGCACCAUCGCCGCAUUUCCCUAUGCUGGCACGCACCCGCGAAUGUGGUAGCCAGGUUACAUUUGUCCGCCCGCCCGCCCGCCUGCGAUGUGACUUGAACUUUUUUCUGUCCAACACUGCUCGGCACACCGCUGCUUGUCCAUACUGGAGAACGCUCAAGGUGGGAGAAUCGCGGUGUGGUUGGAAAUUGGAUCUGAUGCGGAUGAUGAUGAAUAGUGAUCGACCGGAUUGUUACCUACCUCCGAGCUUUGCUGCGUUGCCUUUGGGGGAGACGUUUCCCAAGCCUGUGGUCAGCCACCGGGGGGGCCUUUUGUCAAACAGCACUGCAGGCAGGAGCUACUUCGGCGCUCAGUGCAAGUCAGUGGCAUGGCGCUUAUGGCUUGGGGACAAGCAGGAGGCCUAG